AUGGCAGGGGAGGAAUCCAAGGCUCCUCAGAGCCGGAGAGUUGGAGACCAUUGGAGUGGUGCCAACCCUAUCCCCACCAUCCAUAACUUUAUGGAACAUAUCGACUCUGAGAAGAAGGAGCGGGAUCGCAGAAUUGACGGAGAGAAUCGGAUCAAGAAAGAAGAAGCUGCCCGCAAAAAGAAAGGAGAAGACUCGGGUGAACAGCCUGAGGCGAAAGAUGGAGAUGUUGUCGCUCACAAGGCCCGCGAGGUCUCCCAGGCCAAAGUGCGCACCGUGACAGAUCCGACUACGGGCAAAGAUAUCGGUGUGGAGGAUCAAGAUGAAAAAUCUAUGGAGACUGUCAAAAACCCUACGUUGACGGUGCCGAAUGCCAAUAUUGGAAAGCCUACGAAUGGAAUCCAAACCCGUCCCGACCAAGAGCUCGCAGAGUAUAAAGAAAGUCAAGAUAUUACGGCUCCGCCCGAUCCAAUUGCUGAAGGCACCACCUCCGAUGUCCCCAUUCGAGGAGAGAAGACGAACGUUCUGUUCCACCCUACGCCAACUGUCUCAUACAAGCCUAUGUUUGACAAUAUUGAAAAACGCGCGACGGCACUCUGUAUUGGAAUUCCCGUUGCUAUCAUUAUUUUAGGUCGGACGUUUGGAGGGUCACUUUGGGGCCUGAUUCCCUUGGCAGUUUGCAUCACGAGCGGUGUAUGGCUAUGGAUGCAGGAAGUUAUCCGGAGUGGUCGAGAUAUGGAGUGGAGUAGUGAGCAGCUCCGUGGGGAGAUGGCUACUGCCAACCUGCUUCCCGAGUCCGUAGAGUGGCUGAAUAGUCUCCUCGGCGUUGUAUGGGGACUCGUCAAUCCAGAAAUGUUGUCGCCUGUGGCCGACACCAUUGAAGAUAUUAUGCAAGUGUCUGCGCCCAAAGUUGUGGAGAACGUUCGAAUCGCGGAAAUCGACCAGGGCAACAACCCACUCCGGAUCCUGAGCAUGCGAGCUCUUCCCGAUGAGCAUGUUCAAGGCUUGAAGGACAAUAUCCAUGAAGAGAACAAGAGGAAUAAAGAUCCACAGGAGGCCGCUGCCGCAGAGGAAGGAGGCAGUUAUUACAACAUGGAGGCCUCCUUCGCCUAUCAUGCAAAGCCAACCUCUCAGAGUACCUCAUCUAAGGCACGCAACAUGCACAUGCAACUGGUAUUCUACCUAGGUAUCCGAGGACUGUUCGGUGUCCCAUUCCCAGUAUUUGUGGAGCUCAUUGAGAUGGUGGGUACCGUUCGAAUGCGCUUCCAAAUGAUGCCCGAAGCCCCCUUCAUGAAAGAUGUGACUUUCACAUUGGUUGGUGUUCCCCAUGUCAGGGCCGGUUGCAUGCCUAUGCUGCGAAGGGGAGUCAAUGUUCUCAACCUUCCCCUUAUCUCGAACUUUGUCAACUCGGCCAUUAGCACUGCAUGUGCCAUGUUCGCAGCCCCCAAGUCGAUGACCAUGGAUCUUGGUAUGAUGCUCUCGGGCGACGACAUCCACAAGGAUACUCAGGCUCUUGGUGUGAUGUGGAUUCGCAUUCACCGAGCUGUCGGCUUGAGCAAGCAGGAUACCCGUGGAAGUGAAGGUGGAGGCAGUGACCCAUACAUCAACCUCUCCUUCUCGAAGUACGGCAAGCCCAUGUACUGUACUCGCGUAAUUACGGACGAUCUCAAUCCCAUAUGGGAAGAGACCGCUGCUCUCCUCGUGACACCUGAAUUGAUCAAAGCCAACGAAAACCUGAGCGUCGAGCUCUGGGACUCGGACCGCAACACUGCGGAUGACAUCGUUGGAAAAGUUGAGCUUCCAAUUCGGGAGAUGAUUCAGCAUCCCGGUCGCAUGUACCCCCAGGUAUCGAAGCUCCAGGGCAUGGACGAGGGCAGUGAGAUGCCGGGUGAGCUGCAUUGGGAAGUCGGAUAUUUCGGAAAGCCUAAGCUUCGCCCCGAGCUCCGAACCGAUGGCAAGAAGAAGGAUUUGCCCGAGAACCUCAAGGGUGAUCCCAACUUCGAGGACGAGAAGGGUGCUAUCAACAACGAAGAAGAGGACGCAGUUAUGCAUACACCACCUGAUCCUAUAUGGCCUAGUGGUAUUGUACACAUUGUUGUGCAUCAAAUCGUGAACCUCCAAAUUGCCAAUAUCAAGGGUAGUGAUGGUAACCGCAAGGGCAAGGAGUAUGAGCCGGCGAAGCCAUAUGGUGAAAACACAGAAGAGCAGGGUGAUGACCUGCCCACCAGCUACUGCAAGGUUUUGCUCAAUGAUCAACUGGUCUAUCGCACUCGUGCCAAGGCUGUGAGUUCCAAGCCAAUCUUCAACGCUGGAACUGAGCGGUUCGUUCGUGACUGGCGUUCUGCUGUGGUGACUGUGACCGUCCGGGAUCAACGCUACCGUGAACACGAUCCUAUCCUGGGUGUCGUUCCCAUCAAACUUUCCGACGUCCUCCAAACCAGCUCCCAGGUCACUCGUUGGUACCCCUUGGAUGGAGGUAUCGGAUUCGGACGUAUCCGCCUUUCUGUCCUCUUCCGCCACGUUGAGACUAAGCUCCCACCCAACAUGCUGGGCUGGGAUGUUGGAACCUUUGAGUUCGCUGGACAGAAAAUCACUGCUAAGGACUAUGGUCGACACACCAAGAUCAAGCUGCGCACCGGGGGCAGCACGGGGAAGAUCAAAUGGCACAAGUGCCAUUUGACAGGAAGCGAUGCAGUUUUUGAUACCUCUGACGAGGAAUUCCGUGACUCCCUCCGUAUGCCAGUCAAGCACCGUUACCGCUCCCCUGUCAUAUUUGAAUUCCAUUCCAAGGGCAAGCGCGGCUCCGUGGCGUACGCCGUCCUGUGGCUCCAGCAUCUCGUCGAUAACGAAGAAACCGACAUCGAUAUUCCCAUCUGGACAACCAAGAUGGGCGACCGUCUCACUCAAAACUAUGUUACUGAACAGAACUGGCGUGCCAAGCAAGUGCCGGGACUCGAAGACUUGACUGAAGUGGGGCGUCUGCAGUUCCGAUGCAAGUUCUCACCAGGAAUCGAUGAAUCUCAUGAGCGUUUCGUGGUCGACAAUGACUCACGCGAAACAUUUGAGACUUGGGAGGCGUGCAUGGCACAGGGUGUUCGCUCUCGCAGCGUCGAAGUCGAAGUUCCCGCCGAAGUCCAGGCCAAGCACGAACAGUCUUUAGUCGACGGACGCGACGUAUUGAAACAAGCUUCCCCUGCUGAACGUCGGAAGUGGAUUUCUAAAGAUGGUUCAGACUGGAGCGGUGCAUUUGGCCACGACCCACGCGCAUACACCGAUUCCGUCGGACGUAAGGCCGCCGAGCCUGGAGUCGACUCGCCUCCCCAUGAUCCUGUCACCCCACCACCAUUGAAGGGACAGCCUUCUUCCAAGUCAAACAUUGAGGAACACGAUCAAGCCUCUCCUAGAUCUGAUAAUGACACCUCUGACUCGGAAAGUGAGGAGUCCUCUUUGUCUCAUGGGCCUUCGGUCCUCAGUGGUAGCGCCAGUGGCAAUGGCAAUGCUGGGGCCUCGUCGUCGCAGGGAAGUAGCAGCCAGAUUAACAAGGCAAACAAGCGCAGUGAGCAACGGCAACAGCGCGGUCUGAUGCAGUGGCGUCCCGCUCGGAAUGCUGCAUUCGCCAAAGAUGAGGUCAAGUUCGCGCUACGGAAGAUCAAGAAGAAGGUCGGUGCUAGUGAUCUCACAGGUCGCGAGCCGGAUGUCGAGACGGAGACUUAA